AUGCCCACCCAGUCUGGUGUCAUGUGCACUGAGGUCACUGACAGAGAGCUCUGGGUUGCCAGCAUUGUCCAAGCACAAAUACCAUUCUACUGUUUUGUGAGGCUGAAAAACUGUAGUUUAUCCAAGUCCCAGACUUUGAAUCAUAUUCUCAGUCGUGGCCAGCAGAAUAACAACAUGUUCAUACACAGAGAUAUGAAAGGAGGAGCACAUGAAAGAGAAAUUGCCAAUGGAUUGGCAGAGGUUUGCUGGUAUCUUCCCUGUGGCAAUGAAAAUCUUGACGUAUUUCCAGAGCCAGUUGCCUUUGCCAAUCUGAGAGGAGACAUUGGUCAGUCACUCACACAGUUCACUUUUCUUUUUCAAGUGUCAACUGCUACCUUUGUAUUCCUGGACAAAGUCGAAGAAAAUGAGCACAAGAUUCUGACUUCUCUUCAAGAUGUGAAAUCCAAACUGUUCUUGGUUGUUAACCACAAGGCAGAGAGUACUAAAGAGGACAUGAUGUCUGUCAAGACAGCACUGAAGGAACUGGAUUUACCAAAGACCAGUGUGAAAGUCAAAGACACAAGAGGAAAUGUUGCAAGGUUUUCAGAGAAACUUUGCUCAGCCAUCAAGACAUCUCUGUCUGAUGUAAAAACCACAUUAAGCAUUGAAAACAUGCUUGAGAAAGCUGUUGAACUUGGUCUGUCUGUGGAUGAAGGCAAAACUGACAAACAAAAGAAAGUUGCUGAGGAGAUCAUGGAUGACAUCAGGGUGCAAAGUAUACCAGACUACAAAAAACAACAACUUCCUUUGCAAGGCGAAAACUGGAAAAAGUUAUCACAGUUAGAGAAGCAGGAAUGUAGGAUGAAAGAUGCUGGAGAGUCAGGCCUCGAAGAGUAUAAAUCUAAUCUACGGGCAACAAACAAAAAAAUUAGACAAGAGCAACGCAAACAGAAACUGUCCAAAGGAAUGGAGAGUUUUAUUGAAACCUUAUUGACAAGUGACAAAGAGGAAAGAGAUGUUUUCCUUAAGAUGAUGAAAUUCAAGCUUGAUGCACACUCUCGGGACAAACUUAGUGAGCUGCGUAAUGAAUUUAAAGAGCAAUGCAAGAAAAACGAUGUAAAACGUAUUGCAGAGUUGAAUCAGGCUUUGGUGGACAGCUCUUUAGGAGUAGAGCACUACAUGAGAGAGAUGGGGCUGAUCUACGAGUUUUCUCUGCAGUCACUAGCUGCUGGUAAAAUGUCUGCUCUCCCUGGUUUGGUGGCUGAAAUGCUGUUGGAUGGAUGUCCUUUAGAGCUCUUGGAUGGAGAUGCUUCCAACAUCCCAGAAAGAUGGGUGACAGAUGUGCUGACGGAGCUUCACAAGAAGGUUGGAGAGAAGAGCAGACUGCUGGUACUGACUGUGUUGGGUGUUCAAAGUAGUGGGAAGUCAACACUCCUCAACACCAUGUUUGGUGUGCAGUUUCCUGUCAGCAGCGGCAGAUGCACAAGAGGAGCUUACAUGCUCUUCCUCAAAGUAUGUGAGGACAUGCAGUCUAAGCUGAACUGUGACUUUAUAGUCCUCAUUGACACAGAGGGUCUCAAGUCUCCUCAUUUGGCUCAACUAGAGGACAGCUAUGAACAUGACAACCAGCUGGCUACCUUUGUCAUUGGUCUAAGUGAUGCUACCAUCAUCAACAUUGCAAUGGAGAACUCAACAGAAAUGAAAGAUGUCCUGCAAGUUGCCAUUCAUGCUUUCUUGAGAAUGAAGCAAAUUGGUAAAAAGCCAGUUUGUCAUUUUGUGCACCAGAAUGCCACUGGAGUUUCAGCUCAUGAAAAGACCCAACCAGAAAGAAAGCAACUCUUUGACCAACUCAAUGAAAUGACUCGGAUUGCAGCUGAAAUGGAAGGGCACCCUUUCAUACAGAAAUUCACAGAUGUGCUGGACUAUGACGUGGAAAAAAACAACUGGAACAUCCCAGGACUCUGGCACGGGACCCCACCAAUGGCACCGGUGAACACAGGUUACAGUGAAGCUGUGGCAGAUUUCAAGAAAAACCUUUUGGAGACAAUGAAAAGAGACCAAAGUGAUCAGGUUUCACGGAUCCCAGAGUUUUUAGAAUGGAGGAGAAGUCUGUGGAAAGCAGUCAAAUAUGAGAACUUCAUCUUCAGUUUCAGAAACACUCUUGUGGCUCAAGCGUACGACAACCUUUGCAAGGAGUUCGGUCAGUGGGAAUGGAAGUUCAGAAAAGAGAUUCUCCACUGGCAAAAUGAGGCAGAGUUAGAAAUCCUAAAUGCAGACAACAAAUUAGAACUCCAUGAUAUGAAUGAACCGAUUAAAUCAAAAGAAUUGCAGACGUUGGACAAAAUAGCAGACCAAGAGACAAAAAUGAAGAAGAAACUUGAGGAAUAUUACAAAAGGACAGACAGACAAGUGCAUCUGAUAGAGAAAUACAAGACUGACUUUUUCAAAAGUAUUGAAAGUCUUGCAAAGGAAAACAAUCAUUCAGUCAAAGAUAAACUGAAAAGCGCACUUGAGCUAAGAAAAAGUUCAAAAGAGGCUGAAGACAUUCAAAGAAAACACAGAGAAACGAUUGAAGAACAAGUUAUGAAACUCCUGAGCGACUGCAAACACCACAAACUGUCUGAAGACGAACUGAAACGUGAGUUUGAAAAGAUGUGGACUGAAGUCACUGCAAAUGUGUCUGGCCUGAAAGAACAAGAUAUCUCUAAAAGAAUCCUCUGCCAGCUCAGAGAACAUUUCUUCAACCGUAAUGUCAAUGAGGAUUUACAGAAAAUUGGAAAUCUGAAAGACAUUGGGAAGGAUCCAUUUAAGGUCAAAAGUGAACAUAUAAAUGAAAACAAGGUUGUCCGCUUCAUUAACAAAUGGAUCUGGGGAAAAGAGACGAAGAUGCAGAACUUCACAGAUGAAGUCAUUGAGUCUUGCACACGGUUUGUAUGUGAUACUGCUAAAACCAACAAAGAUUACAGCGACUGUUUUACAAAGGAGCUUCUGGAAAAAGUAGAUGAAUCCCUGAAACAAUCCUUCAAGGGUUGUGAGUUUGAGUUUGAGUUUGAGUUUGACCUGAAGCUUCACAUGUGUGGCAUUGCCUCCAGAGAGUUCCAGGAAAAGCACAAGAACUUUUUGUCAGAAAGGGACCCCAAACUUCAGCUGGAGAAGCUCAAGCCUCAGUACUUGUCAGAUUUUCUUGAUUUGUAUGAAGAGAGAGAUGACUGCAAAGCAGAUGCUUUUGUCAGACUUUGCAUCAGACCUGCUGUUGAGGGUUACAUCAGUCGAUGUCAGUGA